AUGAUUUACACUCUACUUGGGGAGGAUCCAUAUCUCCAGGAUCAUAUUGAUCCUGUUCCAACUAUCCAUACUCCUUUGCAUAUUGCAGCUGCUUUUGGUCAUGUUCAGUUUGCCAAGGAGAUAAUGAGAUUGAAACCAUCAUUUGGUCGGAAAUUAAAUCAAAAUGGCUUUAGUCCCAUGCUUCUAGCUCUCAAGAAUGGUCAAAACAAGAUGGGUCAAGGAUGUCUACACACUGAAAACAACCUUGUUUUGGUUCAAGGGAGGGAGGGUAGAACUCUUCAUCAUUAUGUAGCCGAACAGGGACAUGUUGAUCUCUUGACAAAACUCUUAUCAGCUUGUUUGCAGAGUAUCCAAGAUGUGACCAUUCAAAAUGAGACUGCUUUACAUAUUGCAAUGAAGAAUCACAAUUUUGAUGCUCUUGAUUUCUUAUUAGGAGGGCUGCGGCGAGUGAAGAAAUUCAGGUUCAAGGUGACUUUGCCUUUUGACUAUCUCUUGAAGGACAAUCCUAGCAGCAGACAAGUUGGAAAAGCUCUACUCAAAGCUGGAGCUUUGAAUGCUCAAUCACUGCCCAAGAAUGAUACUUGCAAUCUAUUACUAGUAGUUGUAGAGCUGGUUGUAAAGGCUAGUUUCAAGGCUGCACCAAGUCCCUUGGAGGCAUUUGGCCACUUUCAAGAAUGCAACAACAACAACAACAACAAUGCUCUGAACAUAACUCUGGCUAACACCACAAGUAGUAUCAAUAGUACUAAAAUUAAUCUCAAUAAUACCAAAGGGAGUUCAAAAGCACACCAACCAGGGACAUUGAUACUUUCUAAAAAUGACCACUAUGGAGUUAUUCCCAUCUUUAGGGAUUGGGUUGUGAUUGAAAGUAGUGGAAACAAGGAUUUGAAGCAUGCUUCUUUUGGUCAUGUUCAGUUUGCGAGGGAGAUUAUGAGAUUGAAACCAUCAUUUGCUCGGAAACUAAACCAAGAUGGGUUUAGCCCCAUGCAUUUGGCCUUGCAGAAUGGUGAAACCAAGAUGGUUCUCGGAUUUCUAAACUGUGAAAGCGAUUUUGUUCAGGUUCAAGGGAGAGAGGGUAAAACUCCUCUUCAUUAUGUAGUUGAACGAGGAGAUGUUGAUCUCUUGAGUGAAUUCUUAUCAGCUUGCCCUCAGAGUAUCCAAGUUGUGACCAUUCAAAAUGAGACAGAUUUGUAUAUUGUAAUGGAGAAUCACAUGGUUGAUGCUCUUGAUUUCUUACUUGGAUGA